GAUCGGUCUGGUCGACGGUAGCGGGCGAUCGUCGCGCCGCCCAGUGUCUCGCGGUUCAUCGAUCAGUGUGGUGUGUGUCGCGCGUUGUUGUUCCGGGAGAUCUUUUUUUUUCCUCCCCUCUCCCUCUCGAGUGGUUCGUCCGUCCCGACGUUUAUUACGGAUAUACUGCCCUCGCGCCGUCGUCUUACGCGGAACGUCCGUCGUCUCGCGCGUCUCGCGCCUGUCGCCCUCCACCGUUCCCCGUGAAUUCGUGCGCGCGUGCAUACGGGACGGGCGCCGGGCGAGAGCGGGGCCCCAUCGGGAUCACGGGAUAGAAAGAUGCGACUAAGGAUACGCUGGAUACUUCUGGUUAGCACGGCCGUGGUGAUCCUCGCGGGAUGCGACGCCGCUACCGAGAAGGAACAGAACGACAGCAAACAGAGGACGUCGGCGAGCUCGACUUACAACACGUUCCCGGAUGACCUGUACUUGGAUGAUCAGGACGCCUUAGAGGGUUCCGGCCGAGGUGGCAGCGACAAUCGCGACGACCUCGAGGCCUCGGGCAGCGGCCUUGGCCCUGAUGACGAGGACGGGGACGACGACCAUGAGUUUACCGGUAAUAAUGGAUUAGAGAUCCCAAGCAAACCGACCGAAGCGAGACCUCCAUACAUCGACGAGACAAAUGUCAAAACUAAACAGCAGACUACCAUUGACACCGUGAACCGACCCGGCAACGAGAUCAACGUAAUCGAGCCCUCAGGCACGGAAGACGAUCACGCUGACAACACCGACGAAAUCCACGAGGUCUAUAUCAUGAAUCCGAAACCCGGGGACCGCGCCAGCUCGUUCUUUGCGCAGCCAGGCGUACUAGCCGCUGUGAUCGGCGGCGCCGUAGUGGGUCUCCUCUGCGCGAUACUGGUGGUCAUGUUCAUCGUGUACCGAAUGCGCAAGAAGGACGAGGGCUCGUACGCUCUCGACGAACCGAGGAGAUCGCCUGCGGCGCAGGCUUUUCCUAAGCCGGGCGCGCCUCACCACAAUCGGGAGUUCUACGCUUGAGGCGACGGCGGCGCGAUGGCGACUUCACCGAUUCCUCUCGCGAUCUCACGCUGCCGAGCCGAGUAAAGACCCACCGACGAUCAACGCCCGCUUUCGGAAACCCGAUGGUCGAUGGUGAAACAAUUACUACGGCGAACCGCAUGGCACGCGCUCAUAGACUCUCCCGAAAGAUGCAAAGUUUUAUUCGAGAAACGUCGCUCAGAACGUCGGCCGCUUCUCGAUUACACGGAUCCCCCCCCCACCCACACACACACACACACACACACACACACACACACACACCUCUUCAGCGGUCCCUGUCGAUAUCUCCCUUGUUCUUAGAUUUAAAUCGACCGUUAUAACAUAUCCCCCACCCAACUAUCCGCAUUCUUUCCCCGUUUUCCUUCUCAGAAAGCAACUUUUCAGUAAUUCUCCCAAUGAUGAUUCUUCCCCCUUUGAUUUUAAGCUCGAGUCGCAACAACGACGUUCACGCGCACGACUUCUCGGUCGUUCGAAUUUUUCUUGUCUCCAAGAUGACUGUAUUUUCUUACGCGCUGUAUCUCAUCGUGUUCAAAGAGAAAGAUUUACGCGAGUAAGAGAUUCUGAGACAGGAUGAAUUCGCGAUUAUUGGCCGAUGGACCGAACGCCAAACUUUUUCAGCUUGACGCCUAGUUUGCCCUGUGUAAACUUUCCUUUCCGUUAUCCUGACUUUAACCACAUCCGCUGAUCUCCGAAAAGAAUCUCUUUGGAGUGUAAUCAUCCCGGCUGGUGACUGAAGCGACGGACAAUGAACGACGAGACUAUGGUUCUCGUAUAUAUCCCGUCGAGACACCGUCGGCGAGGUUGCACCAAUUCCAAGAUGCAUUUACAAGCGUAUUUAGAGAGCGUAUAUAUAUUAUAUAUAUACAUAUAUAUAUAUAUAUAUAUAUAUAUAUAUGUGUAUAUAUAUGUACGUGUAUGUAUACGUAUAUACAUGUACAGGACUGAGAGCGUGAAAAUUCGUGGGCGAUAAACGCCGCUGCUAUGUCGUUAAUCAUUCUGUCUCUCGGUGGAAGGAGGGAAGGGAAGAAGGAUCGUUGCGGCGUCGUGAUUUCUCUCCGACAGCAAGAGCAGCGAGGAGUUAAGCUGCAACCUCGUUCGCGCGUUGCUGCUAUUACUUGUUCACUCCUUUUUUUUAAAUUUACGAUAUUUACUUUUUUUUUAUACGAGCGCUUAAUAUUGAGUUCGACAAAGAUUUAGGUCUUUUAUUGCGCGUUCGCGUUCCGAUAGGGGCGAAAACGGCGGGACUCGUCGACCAUAUUGAUCGAUUGCAGAGAGGAUAAAAGGCGCCUAUAUUAAGAAUAUGUGUUAAGCAUUAAUCGUAGCGCGACCGCAUCGACCUACAUUAUGUAUUCUAAGGGAAACAAAAAAAUAUUUCACGUCGAUGCAUUUCUAGAAAUUGUACAUGUUGCACAAAGUGGUUUAGAAUUUAUUUGGUCGAUCGGUCGCCAUUACUGUACAUAUCGUUAUAAAAAAAUAGCGAUUAUUUCUGAAACAUAUAUAAGAUUUUAUACGUAUUUUCUCUGCGCAACUUUUAUCUUUGUUUUAUUAUUGAACGUUGAAAAAUAAUUACUUCAACGUUCGUAUCUCGAGUUAUUCAAUUGUCUUUCGAUUCGUUUUCUAUUGAUUUGAUUAUUCAUUUCUAAUGCCAAUUUCCUGCAUGUUUUUUGCGCGAGAUAGGUGUAUCUCAAAUUUUUAAGAUAAGACUCAAUGGUAAUUGAAAAUGGUAUUGACGUAUAUGAACUUGCUCGCAAUUUAGAUCAUUUUAUUGCUUCGAUAAGUGCUUUAUGUAAAUCAUGUUUAAUAUAUCGAGAAUUUAUAUAUAAAUACUGAAACUCCCAGUAAUAUUGUGAAUAACAUAUUUCAUCGUGUUCGCCAGGAAUUUAGCAAGUUUUAUUAGAAUUCUUUUGUUGUAUAAAUCGCCAAUUUGCGAUUAAUGCAUUUAGCAAAUAAAGUAAAUCCUCAGUUAGCGUGCCAUAUCUUUUUGAAACGCAAACUGGCAGAGUGCGUGUUGCUGAUGUCGCGAUCGACAUUUCCAUCUUCCAGACUGCAUUUCUGCAGAAAUAAAAUGCAACUCUUGAAACGUAGGGGAAUCCCUUUAUAGAGACUGAAUAUUUUUUAUUUUUCCAAUGCUUGAGAGUAUCGGACGAACAGAAAUAGCUCAUGGGGAUCCAGUGAAUCAAGCUUGCAUGACAAUGGAACGUCACACCCUCCUUCCACCCAUAAGAUAAAACAUCCCACUUUUAUUAUCCGGAUCGACUCUGAUGCUGAUGAUAUAAAAAUUCUUGAUUUAUCCGUCUAAAGUGUAUCUUAUUAUCUCGAAGAUUCUAACGACGAAAAGUCACGUUGCUAUAAAGUGAAAGACGGAUGCUACGUUUGACAAGCACAAUUACUCACGACACGAAAAAGAAAAAAGAAGAAAUAUGUGGUUCCUCUUUGCCCCAAGAGCGGUAUAAUAGCGCGCACGCCUUAGCACGACAGAAAUGAUGCCAUAAUGUUGUAUUAGAAAGCGAAAGGGAACACGCGAAAAGCGAUAUAAAUGCGUAUAUAUUCGUUCGUAUCGGAAUUUUUUUCCCACGGCGACAUUCGUCACGCAAUCGAUCCGCAUCGCGGAGUCCACUUAUUUAUUAACAUUUUUUCCCUCCACUUUACACGAUGUUUCUGUGGCGAUUUUGCCUUUCUGUCGUUCCCGUUUCUUUUCUAUAACUUUUUUUUAUGAUCCUGCGCCGAUUCUUGAAUCUCUCUCUCUCUCUCUCUCUUUCUUUCCUGACAGUACGUGAGCGUCGUCUUUUCGCAGAAUCCGAUCCGUUGCGGAAAAUCGGACACGUUGAAGUAAUUAAAAGUAUAUCAUGCCGAUACUGCCAUAUAUACUACGUAAGGAACAGCGAUUUGGUACGAAACUCUCACGAAUCCGCCUUAUAAUCACGUUGUUUGUCACUUCACGCCACUCUCGAUCCCCAUCAUUUUGCAAAUUUUGUCCUUUGUCCGUUUCUCCUCAGUUCAUUCUCGUGUCUCUUACGUCCAGAUGUGCUGAUUACUAUUAUGAAAAGUGUAUAGAAUUUACUAAACGCCUUAUUUAUUUUAUUACCGAGAAUAUUGUAACUCCCUCUCAUCCACGGCAAAUUUAUUGUUUCGAUUUAUUCUUUGUUAAACAUAGCAUCAUGGAUUGUAUUAACAAUUUCUUUUCGGCAUAUCAUAACUUUAUUUGCAUUUCAAUCAAUUAAAAAUUACUUGUACGUAAACAAAGCCUCGAGAUUUAUUUGCGCUUUCAAACGACUCAAUUUUACUAAUUUUACUGAAUUUUCUUUUAGUGUAUUUAAAUUUGGAACAGUACACAUAGGAAAUCAACCAAUAAGGAUAGUAAUAAGAACAUUAGUAUAACGAUAGUUAGAUAUAAUGCCGAUUAUGAUCAAAGAAAUAUCCCUAUUCUCCCUUUCGUAACUUAUUAAAUCGGUAUUUUUUCAUUAUGUUUGUAUCUUAAUUUUCAUCUUUUCUAAUGUGGAUCGAUUAGAUUCCUCCAAUACUUCACACGAUUCUUUUAUCAAUCUACAACUUUUUAAAAACAGCAUGUGUUACGGUUUAUCUAUAAUUCUUUUUUUCUCCAGUAUCUCUCUUUCUCCUUCUCAUCCUCUCGCCCUUUCCCCUCUCUUUCUCGGAAACUCUCGUGUGAAGUAAACGAGGAAAGACCUAGAAAUUGGGGGCUCGUAAUCUUUAUUAAUAAUCGUACAUGAUAUAGAUGAAAUUGUUCGUUAGAUAGUAAUUAAUUGACCUCGUGGUGUAUCGCUUGCCUUAGCUCUUGCUAGCUUAUGCUUCACCAUGCGGCCAAUUAAUGUCUGAGAGAAGAAAUUAAGAGGGGAAGAAAAAUAAUAAUUGUAAUGAAAUCAUAUUUUAUAAGAAGACGUAAUUCCGUAAGACAACUAUAGCAAUGAGAAGUCAGUCUAAUACUAGACAAAGCCCAUAGGCCAGGUGGACGAAUGAAAAUAAUUUUAAAAGUGAAUUAAUAUUUAAUAAUAACGAUAAUAUUAACAAUGUUAUUUUUUAAGUGUAAGUACUGUCAUCCCAUUGCUUCUCCUCUUCCUCCUCCUAUUCCUACUCCUACUCCUUUUCCUCUUCUUCGUCCUCUUCCUCUUGUUCCCUAAUUGAUCUAUUACAUAUAUGUGUAUAUAUCUCCGUCUAUGCACGAACCCACAAAAUACGUAUAUACAUGUAUAUGUACUUAUAUAUACAUAGAUAUAUUCGCUCGCGCAACUGCGAUAAAACGCAUUUGUUUCGGUUUUUCUCACUAAAGUGUUUUAUAUUAUUCUCCUACGUUUUCUUUCUGAAAUUUUAAAUCAACUUCCUGCUAUAUAUAUGUAUAAUCGCAUGAUGAUAACGAGCCACCAAGCAUAAGCAGUUUCUUAUUAAAUGCAAAAAAUGAAAUAUUCGUGUUAUCGCUGUUGCGGACAUCAAAGUAAUUAUUACGUUAUUCUUAAUUAACGGGAAUUAAUAAUUGCACUAUAUUAGUAUAAUAACAAACAAUAAUGUAUGUCAUCGCUCCUAUUCUGUAAAUAAAUACUAUACCGUC